UGGCGCAGGGAUUUUCAUAUAAAAGAGAGUGAGGCUGGGGUUCUUUCCCCUGUGGACAUCAGAUCAGAGAGGCAAGUCAUGUGAACGUCUGUUAAAAUAUACAGGUGUGCAUAGAAUGGUGGCAGUAGAAUCAACUAUAGCAAGGACCAACCUUUCUCUGUAGAAGAUUCACCGGAUCUGACCUGGAUGUUGUUUACUGGCUAUGGCUUCCAAACACAUGAAUAUUAAGAAAAAGCACCAAGAAACUGAAGCAAAUGAGCAAGGUACCAUGAUGAAGAAACUUCUAGAGAACCUGGGGUUGGCAGAGCAUUACAAUAAAAAGCUCACUCUCAGCACAGUGCUGCAGAUUGGCAGAAACAGUGUCUCAGAUGUGCCUGUCGAGUCCCUGUCUGAUCUUCCCUGGCUCUUAAUGAAGAGACUGUUGAUGCUAAAAAGGACAGCAAGAAGUGUUAAGUGUUCCUCAUCAAAUGGAGCACAGGCAGAUGAUUCAGAGUGGAAUGAUGAUCAGGAGAGUGAUGAAUCAGACAAUCUUCAGUAAGUAAACCCUUUAGACAUUUUGACUGCUCUGUUCCUUUGUUCUGACAGUUUUCUUCAACAGGAAAUGAUCUUAAAAAUGUCCAUUUGUCAGUUUUCUGUACCUCUUCUGCUUCCAAACAGCGAUGAGAACCAAAACACACUUAUGCUUUGGGCAAUGAGAGAUGUUGUGAAAAAGUACAGACCACAUUCCUUAGAAGAUCAAAGUGCAUUUGUGGAAGAAAGGAUUGCUCUGUCAGAGCUACCGUUAGUGUCUUUUGUUAGGCUGGGAAGAUGCAACAUUUCCAAAUCAGAAAUUCUGAAUAAGUUACUCAGCAAUCCACAACAGUACAUUGACACCUUUGUACACUUCAACAUGGAUUGUGGUAAUAUCCAAAAGAAAAUAUCAAAUGGCUUAGUUGAGAUCAGCAGGUAUCUUCCUUGUGGUAAUAGGAACAUUGAUGUCUUUCCUGAGCCAGUAGCUAUUGCAAACUUGAGGGGUGACAUACAGGACUUUGAAACACAGUACUCUUUUCUCUGCAAGGCAUCCACAGCAAUGUUUGUGUUCUUUGACCACAACAGUUUAGAUACAGAGUAUAUUACAGUCCCCAGUCAGACGUCUGCACUAGAGUUGUUUUAUGUGGGGGAUUCAAACAAUGAAAGCAUAAAAGCUACAGUCAAAAAGCUCAAUCUGAACAAAAGCAAUUUCAUCUUUAAAGCCAAACAGAAUGAUGCAGACUUUGUUGCCAAAAUUCGGACCAAGUUGCAAGAAGCAGUUGAGAAAAACAAUCGCAAAAUGUCAGUUGUUCGUUUAGCUGAAGUUGCAAGAAAAUUGGGAAUCUUAGUGGAUGAGGAUGCUGAAGAAUGUAAGAGUGCCAAAGAAUAUGCAAAAGAAAUCACAUCAAAAAUAAAGGAUAAAGUGCAGAUCAAGAAAACAGAGCUACCCUUACAAGGAGAGAUCUUGAUAAAAUUAACCAAGUUAGAGAAGGAACAAUGCAGAUUGAAGAAAGCAGGAGAUCAGAGUAUUGAGAACUACAAAAGUGACCUUCAGAUGAAAAAAAAAGAACUUAGAAAAAAACAAUACACAACAGACAUGUCUAAUACGAUGAGCUGCUUUAUCAGUGCAAUAUCAAGACCAGAUAGAGCUUAUUUCAUAAAAUGGUUAAGAAUCUUUUUGGAGAAACUCUCGCACAAAGUGCUUCCUAGUCUCAGAGAGAUGUACAAACAGAAAUGUCAAGAUGUAAUUGGCAACAAAAAGGAAAUUGCAGAGCUUGACAAAAGGAUUUCAAACAGUUCUUUGGGAGUCGAACACUUCAUGCGUGAGAUGAGCCAGCUUUAUGAAGCAGCAGUCUUGCUCUCAGAAAGCAGUUCUUACCAAAAACAACUAGAAAACUUACCUAGACUCUGAGCUAAACUACUGUUGGAUGGAAUUCCACUUGAACUUGUAGAUGGCGAUGCUUCAAAUGUUCCUGUAAGAUGGUUGACAAGUGUGCUCUCUGAAUUAAACAAAAUGGUGAUGCCCAACAACAAGAUUGUAGUUGUCACCGUUUUGGGAGUCCAGAGUUCAGGAAAGUCCACCCUGCUGAACACCAUGUUUGGAGUUCAGUUUGCUGUUAGCAGUGGAAGAUGUACCAGGGGUGCUUUUAUGCAGCUAAUUAGAGUACACAGUGAUUUUAAAGCAGAACUCAACAACUGUGACUAUAUACUGAUAAUUGAUACUGAGGGACUGAAAUCCCAUGAGCUUGCACAACUAGACAACAGCUAUGAGCAUGACAAUGAGUUAGCAACUCUUGUUGUUGGAUUAAGUGAUGUAACAAUGAUCAACAUUGCCAUGGAGAACUCCACUGAAAUGAAAGACAUCUUACAGAUCGUUGUACAUGCCUUCCUCAGGAUGAAGGAAAUCGGUAAAAGGCACAAGUGUUUGUUUGUACACCAGAAUGUUGCAGAUGUCUCAGCCCAUGAUUCAAACAUGAGAGAUCGUAAAUUUCUGCUUGAUCAGCUGAAUGAAAUGACACAAGCUGCUGCCAAAAUGGAGAACAAGUUGGAAAUCAAUAAAUUUACAGAUAUGAUGGAGUAUGACACUGACACUGGUGACCACUAUAUUCCGGGAUUGUGGCAUGGAAACCCUCCAAUGGCACCAGUGAAUACCGGAUAUAGUGAAUCAGUGUAUGCUCUUAAAAAACAAAUAAUGGAGAUCUUUAAACAUAACAACAAGCCCGGCUACAUUAAUGAAUUUCUUGAAUGGACCACAAGCUUGUGGAAUGCUGUGAAAUUUGAGAAAUUCAUCUUUAGCUUCAGAAAUAGCAUGGUGGCUGAUGCGUACAUGAAACUGUGCAUAGAGUACAACAAAUGGGAGUAGGCAUUAAGAAAGCAAGUGCACACAUGGGCAUUAGAAGCUGAAACCAACAUCCUGAACCAUGGAAAAUUUGACUUUUCCAAGCAUCUCACCGUUGAAGAUGUGAAGUGUCAUUUGGAAUCAGAAGCAAAUGCUAAGCUUACAGAAGGAGAAAAGGAAAUUAUUGACAAGAUCACAUCAUACUAUGAACAAGGAGAGGGUCAUGUCGAACUUGUGGAACGUUAUCGCCAAGAUUUUAUCAAUUCUGCUACGUCUCUGAAGAAAGAGCUUUUAAAUUGGAUCACAAGCAAACUGGAUGCAGCUCUUUCACGUCGAAAUGGGAUGAUCAAGGUGGAGCGGAUUAAUGAGACCUACAUGGAUACAAUGGAGGAGAAAGUGCUAGACUUGCUUAAGGAUUGCCGCAAAAACCUGUCACACCUGUCAGAUACUGCACUGGAUAAAGCAUUCGAAAAAAUGUGGCAGAAGACAGUCAAGACACUGCCAAUUCUGGAUCAACGAACACAAAAUAUCAUGUCGAGAGUUUUACAACAAUUGAGAAAAAAUCUUGAUGAUAGAGGAAGUUCAGUGGCACAACGAUUAGCCACAGUUAAUGAUUUGAAUACAUAUGGCCAUGGGAAAUUUGUUGUCUCCAAAGGCAACAUUGUGUCUGCUUUUUUUAAAAACUUGGUGGGCCAACAUGAUAAGCAGAUCAAGAGAGAUCAACUCAUAGCAGACAACCUCAUUAAUGAUUGCAGGCAAUAUACUCGAAAAAAGAGGGAAAGUAGGGAUGAUUAUGAUGACACAUACAUAAGAGAAGUUCUUAACAUGAUUGAUGACAAACUUAAGGCUCAUGAAGAUCUUAAGCAGAAUGAAGAGUUUGAAGUGUCCCUUAAACUUCACAUAUGUGGAUUUGCAAGCCGAGACUUUCAAGAGAUUCACAAUCAAUUCAUCCUGGACAACGACCCACUAAAAGCCUUGGAAAAGCACAAAGAAACAUACCGUAGUGACUUCAUAGACCUUUUUCAUGAAAGAGACCAGUGUCAGAAGAAAGCGGACGAAUUCACAAAAACCUGCCUAAAACCUGCCAUAGAAAAAUAUAGGUCUAAGGUCCUGGGCAGACAAAUGGCAGAUAAAAUGUUGCUUGGUGAAAAUUCCCAGGUUUUCGGAUCACGUAUUCUAUUUCAGAAUUCGGUCUUAAAAAGUCUCAUUGAAGAAUUCCAUUUUAAUAGAUAUGUGGAUUUUAUUGAGUUUUAUGAGGUGUUUGUAAAAGACUUUAUUCUUGACAAAGUCGUAAAGUACUUUUCAGCAGAGAAAAGAAUGUUACAACUGGAGGAAAAGCUCAUGGAUGUAGUCAUCAGUGAAAUAAACCAAGCCAUUGAAAACACAGAGAAAAAUCAAGACAUGAAAGGAUUUAUCCAAAACAUUUGCAGUAAACUUAAACACAGGCUUGAUUUACCCAAGGAUGCUGUGGACAGAAUCAGUUCACUGACCAACAUGAAUACGAAAAAAAUUGCUGAGUGUCUUAAAUGCUCUUUGAAGGAGAUGGUUACAUCAAUGAAAGCAAGUUUACAAAGAGAUAUUAAAAGCAAAUUGAAGAAUCUACAAGAAAAACCAGAGGAUGUGCUGUUCAAGCGAGUGCACGGCUGUGGGAAACAGUGUCCAUUCUGUAAAGCACCAUGUGAGGCUACAGGAGAAGCCCACUCUAAACACUUCCUCUCAAUCCACAGACCACAAGGCCUUGGCCACUACAGAAAUUUUUUUUCUGGAAAAUUGGUUACUGACAUCUGUACAUCUUUGGUGCAUAGUAACAAUUCAUUCAUAUGCAAAGACACCAAGAUGUGGGGGCAUCCAUAUAAGAAGUACAGUGAAAUCUAUCCAGACUGGAGAAUUGAUCAAGACUCCAGCGUAGAAGCCUCAGCAUACUGGAAAUAUGUGAUGACACACUUCAAUGAGAAGUUUGCUGAAGAAUAUGAUGCAGAACCAGCAAACAUACCUUCUGCUUGGACAGACAUUAGUAAGUCUCAAGCAGAGGAAAGCUUAAAGUGAACCUUAACUAGGACCCCAGCCAAACAUUUUGACCCCUUAUAUCUAGAUGGCAAUAAGUAUCAACUAUUAAAAACAUGUCAGACUAUCAAAAGUUGCAUGUAGUAAUUAAUGUAUAAUAAAGAGAACAUACCAGUCACUGCACAAUAAACAACAAUGACCUGAUUUAGUCGCAAACCAACCGAGAAGUGCCGCACAACGUCAGUGGGA